UAGCACCCCACCGCCGCACGGCGUCCUGUCACCCCCUCCUCCGGCGAACGACUUCAUUCAAAACCCCGUCCGUACCGAAUUUACUCUAGACUUGGGCAUUGACAACCGUCUUACCAUUCCUCACCAUAGAAGCCUUUUCAAAUCAAUUUCCGCAGCUCGCUCAAUAACCUCAAUCGCCUCAUUCAGACAUCCUCACAAGACUUACACUCAACGAGUUCCACCAUCCAAAAUGGCAGACCAAACCCCCCGCGCAGACCUUACAAAACGCCAAAUCCCCUUCAUGACCCUCGCAACAGGCGACACCGCCACCCUCCCAGGCGGUCCCGCCCGCACCGCCUCCGCGUCCGACACCCCCGAAUCCCGCUUCGCCCUCCCCGGCACAGCAGUCCUGACAGGCGGCACCGGUGCCAUCGCCCACGCCGUCGCGCGCGCGAUGCUCCAGCACGGGUUGACGGGCCUCAUGCUCCUCGAUCUGGACGUCUCGUCCCCUGCCGCGGAGACCCAGAUCGCGUCUCUUAGGACCGAGUUCCCGUCGACAAAGAUCCUAGCUAGGAGCGUGGAUGUCACGGAUGAGGGGGCUGUUAAGGAAGCUAUGGAGGUCGCGGCGAGCGAGUUGGAUGGGAUUGAUUAUUUAGUCUGUUUUGCGGGGGUAGUAGGGUGUCACCAUGCUCUCGAAAUGUCGGCCUCGCAGUUCCGGAGGAUAUUGGACAUCAACACCACGGGCGCCUUCAUCUGCGCGCAAGCCGCGGCGCGCAUCUUUGUGAAGCAGAAUCGUGGCGGGCGGAUUGUGUUCACGGCGAGUAUUUCUGCGCACAGGGUGAAUUUCCCGCAGCCGCAGGCCGGGUAUAAUACGAGUAAAGGCGCGCUGCUGCAGUUGAAGAGUAGUCUGGCGGCGGAGUGGGCGCGGUACGGGAUUACGGUGAAUAGCGUGAGUCCUGGGUACAUGGAUACGGUGUUGAAUGAGGGGGAGGGGUUGAGGGAGGCGAGGGAGGUUUGGGCGGGGAGGAAUCCGAUGGGGAGGAUGGGGUUGCCGGAGGAGGUUGGGGGUGUUGUUGUGAUGCUGUGUAGUCGGGCGGGGAGUUAUUUUAACGGGAGUGAUUUGGUUGUUGAUGGGGGUGGUGUUGUGUUUUAAAAGGUGGGAUAUGGGGAUAAUGGAUUCUGUGUACAUGGCUGGGGAAUGUGGGAAGGUGGAGGGUUUAGAUGAUAGACUAGAGGACGACCCGUCAUGGAUCUAGACGCAUUGAAGUAUAUUCUUAAAAGGUUUACAUUCGGC